AGACUGCGGCGAGUCUGUGUUUUCCAGUCUCUGUGAGGGGUUGCUCUUCACCGGUCUACCUCGCGCAAUAUGUCGGGCCGCGGCAAAACCGGCGGCAAGGCCCGUGCUAAAGCCAAGUCGCGCUCAUCGCGCGCCGGUCUCCAGUUCCCGGUGGGCCGCGUGCACCGGCUGCUGCGGAAGGGCCACUACGCCGAGCGAGUCGGCGCCGGCGCGCCGGUGUACUUGGCGGCGGUGCUGGAAUAUCUCACCGCCGAGAUCCUGGAGCUGGCCGGCAACGCGGCCCGCGACAACAAGAAGACGCGGAUCAUCCCCCGCCAUCUCCAGCUAGCCAUCCGCAACGACGAGGAGCUCAACAAGCUACUGGGCGGCGUGACGAUCGCCCAGGGAGGUGUCCUGCCCAACAUCCAGGCCGUGCUGCUGCCCAAGAAGACCAGCGCCACCGUGGGGCCGAAGACGCCCGCCGGCGGCAAGAAGACCACCCAGGCCUCUCAGGAGUACUGAGGGGCACCCGCGCCGCGGCCGCCCAGUCCUCCCCAUGCCACCACAAAGGCCCUUUUAAGGGCCACCACCGCCCUCACGGAAAGAGCUGAGCCACGUCGGGCCGCCGGACGGGCGGGCCGUGCCGCCCGGCUUCCCUCCCUUUGCGCGCCGCCGCCCGGCCCCCCGCCUCAGCGCCCCCGCCCCGCGCCCGCACGGCUCACCGCGUCGGCCUCCGGCCGGGUCCGUGGCGCUCGGGCCUGUCCCAUCUCCUCGGAGGAAGGGCUCCAGGUCUCUCGGGCGCCUUCCCAGGGGCGGCCGGGGCGCAGCACCUGGCCGCCUCGGCACUCGUGACUCCGCCGCCCGGCCCUCCGACUCGCUGAUGGGCCCCGCAAAGGCCGCCGCGCCUUCUGGAAGACUCGGCGUUCUGCUCUGAGGUUGCGCGGAAGGGGCAGCCGAGGCCGAGAGGCUGGCGACCCUGAAGGCCUGUGCGGUGUGGCCGGGACCUGGCACUUGGUACGUGCACGCCCUUCUUCCAGAGGACUGCCUCCUAGGAAGACGUUUGGGGAGGGCAAAGACCUGGAGGCCGGCUUAACAGCUGGCCGUGUGGACAGCAGUUGUGCUUUCCCUGAAACAGACUGGCAGCCAGGCCUGUGGGGCCUACCUACUCCGCCCCAUUGCCCUUCCAGCGACGCAAUUUAACAAUCCAAGCGCCUAGAUACCAGCACAAGUCGGUUAAUCCCUGUCUGGACUGAGCCUGUGUUGGCUUCUGAACUGGAAUUUUGCAGCUAACUCAUCCAAGACUAGAACCUUAGGUAUUGGGGAGUUUUAGAUGGACUAAUUUUAUUAAAGGAUUGUUUUU